AUGGAUGAGUUUGAAACAGAGAGGCACUGGUAUGCAGACUACAGAGGAGCGAGGGGAGCGUCACUCUCGUGGGCUCGCUUCAGAAUUGCUCCUGACUGGCAGCCACCAUUUGCAUGUGAUGUUGAUAAACUUCAUUUUACUCCACGGAUCCAGAGGCUGAAUGAAUUGGAGGCUCAGACCCGUGUGAAGCUGAAUUUUCUGGACCAGAUUGCAAAGUUUUGGGAGCUUCAAGGAUGUUCCCUGAAAAUUCCACAUGUAGAGAGGAAGAUCUUGGAUUUAUUUCAACUUAAUAAGCUAGUCGCAGAAGAAGGUGGAUUUGACUUAGUCUGCAAGGAGAGAAAAUGGACUAAAAUAGCCAUCAGAAUGGGUUUUGCUCCAGGCAAGGCAGUGGGUUCACACAUCCGUGCUCAUUAUGAACGUAUUCUUUAUCCCUACAACUUAUUCCAGUCUGGAGCUAGUCUAUUGGCACCUGACAUUUGUUCCAAACUGAUGUGUUUAGUGGAUCAUGCAGUUCUGGAAAAGAACUUCAGUGACUGUAAAACCGACCAGUGGCACUUUGAAGGUGAGACGGGACAUACUAAGGAGGAUGAGCAAAUGGAUGUGGACGGUGCAUUGAAGCAUUUUGAGGCUUCUGACAUUUGUUAAUCAGCUCCACACAGUGGGUCCAAGAAACAAGUGCUGAGUAGUGGAACACAUCACAUUGUGAUACGCAUCUGUGCCAGUCAGCAGUGGCUACAAAAUUGUAUCCAAGCCAUCCAGUAGAGUGACACCAGAAUGAGAGCUGCUUUGACGGUGGAAAAGCAUCUAGCAAUCAUUCUCUGGAAACUUUCAGCCACAUACUACUAGACUGUGGGCAGUCCAUUUAGAUUUUGUAAAAUCUACUGUGGGGACAGUUGUCAUGCUGGUGUGCAUGGCCCUGAAGCCUUUUGUGUCACACAAUAUUGUGACUCUGGGCAAAGUGCAAGAAAUAGCAGAAGGAUUUGUUGUGGUGGUCCUGAGAAAGAGGCUGUGUGUGUAAAGCUAUAAAGGAGAUGCAAAUUCUAGUUCUGGGCUAUGCAGCCUUGCCAUAGCUGUGCAAAUACUGGUGCAUCAUUGGGUACAUUUUACUGACAUCACUCUUGGAUAGACAGAGAGGUGUAGCAAAUGCAUUUUAGGUAGACUGGAUUUUUCCAAAAGAUACAAACAUGGACAUACUUUCCAGACAGUCGUAUAAGGUGGGGUUGAAAUGCUGGUAGUGAUUCUGGGCAUUGAAACCUAUCCUUUGCUUCUCUUGUUUAUUAAACCAUAUACAGGCAGUCCCUGGGUUACAUGGAUCCGACUUACAUCGGAUCCCUACUUACAAACGGGGUGAGGCAACCCCGC